GUGAGGAAACAGAGUAAAUUAUUAUAAAUGGUGGAAUGAAGUGCUAAUCUAUGGGCUCCGUGCCGAGCGGGAGAGAGUGCGUGCACUCUCUGGAAGGAGUGGCGUCCACAUUCUGCUGCCCGUUCACAGGGUGACCUGGUCUCACCCACAUUUUGUCUGUGCAGCAAACACGGAUGGGCAGCACCUCACCAUGCUGCUUGUGGGCUGUCCUUUGCUGCAAGGUGAGCACUGUCCUGGUACUGCAUCCAUGAUUUUUCUGCAAAGAAAUGUGAACAGAGGUGAAAAUAAUCAACACUAUGUUGGAACCACAGGUACUGUUGCCCUGCUGAAUACCAUCUGUGGCAUUGCUGCCAUCGUAUGCAUCCACUGUCAUGCUGUCUGUUGUUGCACGUGUGAGAGAAGGAUUGACAUCCUGAGCUUUUCUGGGUGUUUUCACAUGGUGCCGGUGAUCCUUUUCAAAGAGAGAGGAUCUGACGAGCUUUUGUCCAGCGUCUCCAAAGGCCCGUGUAUAAUGAGUGCCACCGCCAAUGGCAGUGACAGCAAGAAGUUCAAAGUUGACAUCAGGGGCCCCACGGUGCCAUCCAGGGUAAUCCAUGUCCGCAAGCUUCCCAGCGAUGUCAGUGAGACUGAAGUCAUAGCCUUGGGCCUCCCCUUUGGAGCCGUCACCAACUUGCUGAUGCUGAAAGCCAAGAACCAGGCUUUCCUAGAGAUGAACUCAGAGGAUGCUGCACAGACCAUGGUGGGCUACUAUUCCACGGUGCCACCCCUCAUCAGGAACCAUCCAAUCUACAUCCAGUUCUCCAACCACAAAGAACUCAAGACUGAUAACUCCCCGAAUCAAGUGAGGGCCCAAGCAGCUCUUCAGGCUGUAGGUGUGUCCCAUAUGGACACUGCUAUGGUGGCCCCCAGUCCAGUCCUGAGGGUGGUGGUGGAACACUUGGCAUACCCAGUCACUCUGGAUGUCCUGUACCAGAUCUUCUCAAAGUUUGGGACUGUGUUAAGGAUCAUCACCUUCACAAAGAACAGUCAGUUCCAGGCUCUGCUGCAGUAUCCUGAUGGAUUGACAGCCCAGCAUGCUAAACUGUCUCUGGAUGGACAAAACAUCUACAAUGGCUGUUGCACUCUUAGAAUCAUCUUCUCCAAACUGACGAGCCUCAACGUCAAAUACAACAACGACAAGAGCCGCGACUUCACACGACCUGACCUGCCGACCGGAGACACCCAGCCUGUUCUGGAGCAUCCGGCCAUGGCCGCAGCCUUCACUCCUGGCAUCAUUUCUGCGGCGCCGUACACUGGAGCGACUCAUGCUUUCUCACCUGCCUUCACUAUCCAGCCUACAGUGUCCUCCCAUUAUCCAGGCCUGACGGUCCCAGCUCUGCCUGCAGCCUUGGCUUCACUGUCCCUGCCUGGUGCUGCCAGGCUGGGCUUCUGUCCCGUUUCCAUGGGAAACUGUGUCCUGCUGGUCAGCAACCUGAACCCGGAGAGAGUUACGCCCCACUGCCUCUUUAUUCUCUUCGGUGUUUAUGGCGACGUGUUGAGGGUGAAGAUUCUGUUCAACAAGAAGGAAAACGCUCUGGUUCAGAUGACUGACGGCACUCAGGCUCAGCUCGCCAUGAGUCACCUGAACGGCCAGCGGCUGCACGGGAAGCCUCUGCGUGUCACGCUGUCCAAACACGCUACUGUCCAACUUCCCCGCGAAGGCCACGAGGACCAGGGCCUCACCAAAGACUACAGCAACUCCCCUCUGCACCGCUUCAAGAAGCCUGGUUCCAAGAACUAUUCCAACAUCUUUCCUCCCUCAGCGACCCUUCACCUGUCCAACAUCCCUCCUUCUGUGGUUGAGGACGACCUCAAGCUGCUGUUUGCCAGUUCAGGAGCCAUGGUCAAGGCCUUCAAGUUCUUCCAGAAGGACCAUAAAAUGGCUCUGAUCCAGCUUGGUUCAGUGGAGGAAGCCAUCGAGUCUCUGAUCAACUUCCACAACCAGGACCUGGGAGAGAACCAUCACCUGAGGGUGUCCUUCUCGAAGUCCUCCAUAUGAGCCUGUGGAAUGCUUCUCUCCAGACUCUGGUGUCCACAGCACUCCAAACAUUCCCAUCAAUCUUAAAUUAUUAUUUUAUUAUUAUUUUUGUUGUUGUUGUUUUUGGGGACUGAGGUCACUUUAAAAAAAAAAAAACAAAGUUCUGAGGUUAAUCAGCAACAUUACUCAUGAACGCUGAGGCGCUGAGCCCGUCCCUGUGCCUUAAUCCCCUCAGACAGUUUACAUGCGCUCGCUUUUAUCUUUGGUCCUGUUCUUUUUACUGUAGCUUGGAACAUGUGAGCGGGUUCAGUUUUAGCGGGUUUUCUGGGUCCUUUCCUGGAAUUUUCACUGAUGCAUCACGUCUUAUUCAAAUCAGAUACUGUAGCAUAUUUGAAUCUUCCUCAGCAUUCUGCCUUAGUUUGGUUCCCAGAUGCGCACUGGCAGGUGUGCUGGUUGUUGUUGUUUUUGUUUUUUUGUGGUUAUUGAAUCUUGUAUUCUGGUUUUCUUUAUUUAUAACAUUAUGAUCCACUACAGCUGAAACCAAAAACUGCCUUUAAGAUGCAAAUCCACCUGCCUCAGGUUUCUGGUUUUAAGGAGUAAAAAAACAAAAUUGAAUGAACUGUUUUUCCUGUAAGAAUCUGUUAUUUUUUUAGGCACUUAAUUGUAUUAAGUUGAUGGCUCGCGGGAUGGGCGGGGCAUAUUCAGAUUGGAUGUGUUUGGUACCUUCAGGCCUGAAAUUGUUCUCAGUCCACAAAGAUGUCACAGAAGAUGCUGCUUUGGUUGGUGGCAUCGAUAUUCCAAGUGUCACGGAAACUGGUUUUCACCAGCAGGAAAAAGCUGAUUAAUUGACACGAUGAAUCUCAGUGAUCCCAUUUAAAAAGCCCGGGUCUGUGUCUGCGUGGGGCUCCACCCACAUCAGCCUCUUCAGGAUGGAUGUCCAUU